UUAUAUGAACAUACGUUUGUCGAAUGACGCGGUGGUUAGGUUGGUAAGGGCGAAGCCGCCGCAUAGAACUUUCAAAGAAAAAAAGACUGGAAUCAAGUCUAACACAGUGACAAACAAUAAUACUCGAGGGCGCCUUUUGCUUGAUUGUUCCAAUAAUGGAUAGGUGCCGCUGUACAUAAAAAUAACCCAAAUAAAAAUCACCAACAGGUACAAUGAACUAAUUGAAACUGAAAACAUUAAAUAAUUGCUUAAAUGUAGUUAUGCCAAGUUACAAUUUGUUUAAUUUAGUCGUUCUGGCGAAACCGCAAAAUCUACUUUGCGCGUACAACCCCCUUUGGUAUAAUGGAACCUACCAUAGACACAUCAAUCAAUCAAUUUUAUAUGCAAAUAAGUAGGAAAUAAAUAUCAAAUCCCGCCCACCGUGCACAGUUGCAUGCUAAUCAAUGAAUGGUGUCAUAGGUUUGACCCGAUAGCUCCGCCUUCGUAGUUAAUAAUUUAUUUUGUCGUUGGCUUGACGACCAGCCGGUGUUGAUUUCACUCUCUUGCUCUCUUUGCUUUUCGCGUUGUUCGCGUCGUCGGCUAAACAACACAUGGCAUGCCAGCGAUACUUCGGUCAAGACUGAUUUUGUUGCACGAAGGCAACUCGUACAUGCUCGUACUACGUGAAUUUGGAGGAUUUUUGAAGAAGUUUUUCACAUUUUCCCGAGGGAGGAAAGAGAAAUUGGUCCUUUCUAAACGGGACCAAGAUGACGAAACAAUGCAUUUGCCAGAUUUGCACUUGCGGGCGUCAUCGAUGCCCGCACAGGCCUCAGGCCCCAGUCAGCAAAGGGCCGUGCGUACUCUCCGAGUACACCAACAAGUACAAGCCGUAUCCAGGCAACCUGAUGCGGGACAGUUUCAAGCCCCAGGAGCAGAUGAUCCAGGGGACAGGCUCCAUGUCCGAUGCCACCACCCACAGAGUGGACUUUGUCCCCCGUGAGACGAACCGUCCCCCGAUCCAUCAGCCGGAACCCUACCGCAGACCCAGCGGUGAUGUCGACCAUCUGACCUCCUACACCAAGGACUACCCGGGUCGCAAGUCGGAGCCCGUCAAGAGUUUCCGUGGCGACCACACCCGUCACGUGCCGACGGGACAAUCGGGGAACCCAACAUACACAGAUGACUAUCGCAGGUGGAGUUUGCCUACUAAAGACCAAGGCAAGGGCUACCACAGCUAUGUUCCCCCGUCGGCAGCCUUUGACGGCCUGUCUACAUUCGCUCGUGAUUACCAGCCCAAGAAGGUUGAUCCCCGUCAGAGCCUACGGCCAGCCGAAAACACGCAACGAUCAGAGGCGCCUUUUGAGGACCAGACCAGCCACAAGGUCUCGUACAUCCCCCACGCCCCACAGGCCAGGCACGUACGGCCGCUGGAUACCUACCAGAAGAGCCCGCACAAGUUUGACGGCCUGACGACAUUCCAGCGCGAUUUCACCAACAAGGACGGGUACCGCUCGGACAACUUCAAACCCGACGCCACCCCACUGAAGUCAGACCUGCCUUUCGAAGACAACACGACCUUCAAGUCAGACUACAAGAAGUGGGACUGCGGGCCCAUCCAGGCCCACGUCCCCGAGACGUACCAGAAACCUGCUGGCGAUAUGGAUCUGUACACGACCAACAAGUUGGCCUACCAACCGCACAAGAUUCGCCCGGCCUCAGCACGGCGUCCAGUCUCACAGGGGCGAAAAGCAGAUGUCCCGUUCGACGACCGCACCAACUACAAUUCAGAUUUCCGCAAGUGGAACAGCAUGCCCGAGCGACGAGGCGACCCAUCUCAGCGCCCGUACGAGCGACCAGAAGUCCCAUUCGAAGGUUCCACCAACUAUCGUGCCCACUAUGUGCCAAAGCACACCACGCCAGCAAGAAGCAUGGGCCCCGAUCGCACCGCACGACAGAGCAGCGAUCCAUUUGACGACCGCACUUUCUACAAACUGGACUUCACAGCAAAGGAGAUGACACCUUGCCCUGCCAUCAAUCUGCCUGCUAGCGGGUACAUGUACACUCAGAGAGACCAGAGGGGGCACGAGGUCUGGGUGAAGAACGCAUGGAACGGGGAGACCGAGCGGGUCAUCAAGACACCACAACAGCAAAUCAGUCUUGAACAGGCAACCUACGCAUGAGAUCAUCACAACUUACAUGGUAUGGUCAGGGAAAUAAGAUCCAUCACAGAUUAUAUUUAAGCCUGAAGAAGGUUGCUUGCAAGAUCUUCAGUAGAAGUCCAUGAAACCAUGAAAGGUAAAACAGCUGCAAAAAAAUAACUUGUAAGGAUAUCUCGUAUACAUUGUCACAAGCUGCCGAGAAAGUUGGGGAAAGUUUUUAAUUGAAAAAUAGGGUGGAAUCCGAAAGAAUUUUGCGAAAAAAAACAGUUAUGUCAAGUCAAUCUAUUAUUUUUUUUAUGACAAUUACGAGGCACUUGUGACCUUGUUCAGUAUAACAAAAGUAGAGUGCAAUAUUUUAAAAUUAUCAAUUUUUCCUUUCCUGUUCAAGAACUUUUGACCAAUGAGUUAACAAAAAAUUAAAUUCUACAAGUUAAGUGUUGAGUUUUGUUAAAUUAAUUUAACCCAUGUUGAAUGAUGAAUGUAAAUCAAUGUUAAGUGUUUUGAUGAUGAAUCAAAAUUUAUAUCAGUUCAGUUCAGUAUUGCUGCCCGCAACCAAACACUGUGACAGUUCAACAGUCACACAUCAAUUUCUACAAAAAAAAACGCUUUUUGCACUCAUGUUGGAUGCAUUACAGUUACCCCAACAACCAUCUGGCCUGCUUGUUUACAGGUGCGUGGAUUGUCUUACGGCCUAUAAAUGUACGUAAAAGAACCUUUCUUUUGUAAGGGUCUGAAAGGCCAAACAAAUUGAGCAAGUAUCAGGAUACAUUUUGUUUACUCCAGUUUAAUCAACCUUUUCAUCAUUCUACACGUUAAAUAUAGCAACAAUUUUGUUUUGGCCUGUGCCUGACGUUGCUUGGCAACCAAUACACUGAUGAUAAUAUGAUCCUUGACAUGUCGGCUUGAAGCCUGCAGGCGUUUUUCAUUGUUCCAUUGUUGAAAACAUGAUGCCGUUAGCAGGCUAGCAUCAACAUACAAAUGUGUAACAUAAUGUAUGAAAUUUGAACUCAGCUGGAUAAACAAGAUUUUCAUAUGACCUACAUGUGUAUAUGUAGACUUUAUUAGUAAAUGCUGAUAUAUUCCCCUACCCCCCCCCCCCCCCCCAUUUUUUUGGAAUAAUAUAAAGUUAAGUGAACCAGAUUCAUAUAUUUAAUAGGAUAUACUCUUGAUCAACUAUGCAGUAUUUACAUACAGGGCAAGGCAGCAGUGAGGUAUUGAUAAAAAAUAAGCCAGCAUUUACGUAUUACAUUCAACUCAGUAUAAAGAAGCCGGCUAUAACCAUGGAUGAAUUAAAUAAAACCAAAUACCCCAUAUGGUUUAACCAUAUUAACUGAAAAAUACUCUCAUAAUUCUGAUUGUCUCUGAUAUUCUUUAAUGAAAGCUGUUUAAUCAUUCUUGUAUUCUAAUUAGACCCAGCAAUCGUGCUGUAAAGGGAGUUCAAUGUAAAUCUAAGAUUUCAAGAUCGAGAAUUAGUAUUUACUCAAGGCCCAAUUUCUUUCUAUCAGUCAUGUAAGUAUAUUAUGCAUACAUUUAAAUAUACACUGUACGCCACAGCAUUAUGCAAAGUAGCGCUUUUUGUGAGAUCUGAUUUUGAACGCCAAAAUAAUCUAGUUUGUACCAAAAUAGAAUGAAUUGUAAUAGAUGCAAUAUUACAAAUGUAAUACUUCAAUAAUGACAGGGUAUCCUAGUCUGUGCUGAUUGGUACUUGCCAAUAGUAGGAACUCAAUUCAGAGUUCUUGAUUGUUGACAAUUAAAACUGAAUAUUUGUGAGCACUACUCAAAUUACAUGAAACAGCUGCAGCUUUGAUUAAGUUAAUACAUGUACAUGUAAUACAAAUGUAAAUAUUUUUUCCCUUUUAAAUACAUGUAGUUCAAUCAGAAAGCAAUCAACUUGAAUUCUUUUUAAGGAAUUUCUUUAGGUGUUCUACCAACAAGGAAUUCUAUUUUUUAGAAAGGAAUUCUUUUUUUGUAAUUGAUGUGUUUUAUGCAGAUCUUUAAUGCAACAUCAAAGAACAAAUUCUUAAAAGUUCAAUUGAAUUUUAUUGCAGAAGGAAAUCUUAAUAUGCAUUUUUUUUUUCAAAAAAAAAAGAAGAAACAAAGAUUGUGUAUAAAUGUAUGUGUAUAAAUGUAUAUUGAGCAAAAAGUGCCUCUUUUUCUACUCCGAACUGCCCCGAGUGCCUUAGCGUAGAAACGCCAAAGAAUGCGUGCUUCUUUUCUAAAUUUGCUCUUAUGUACAAAAGAAAGCUAUGCUUACAAUUGUUAAAUUAAUAAAAACAAUUUAAAGAAUUUGAUUGGAUGUAUCACUUACAUAAAUGCCAGAGAUUAGAUAAAUGUUCAAUAAACAUUAAUGCCUUUUUUUUUAUCCUUUUAUGGCAUAAUUUUAAAGAAUGCACUUAAAAAGUUAUUCUUUUUAAAAUGUAAUUUGUGCCAACGUGUAACUUAAAACUCAUUCCCAAAACAACCCAAAAGAACCAAGCGUACCAAAAUCUCAACGUUUGUUUUUAUAAAAGUCUUAAACAAAGAUUCUCUGGCCCUGAAUAUUGCAAGGUGGGUUUGUUUUUUUUAAGUCCUAAGAAUGAAUAAACCAAACAAAAUUGCACUGAGAUAAAUGUACAUUUGCAAAUGACAACCAAUCAUGCAAAAAUACUUGUAAUAAGUUACAGACUUAUUUGUAAAAAUUUGGAAAAGCAAAAUUUGUAUAUGAAUGCAAGUUCUAGACAUUGUUUAAUAUUUCAGAACAUGUGUAAAUGUUGUUUAUGUCAAUAAUAUUACACAAAGUUGUACAGCAUGAAAUAGUCGCCUGGUAUGACUCAACAUAUAGUACAUAAUUAUGUAUGCAUGUUGAGUCGUACCAGGAGACUAUUUCAUGGAGAUGAAGUGCAGAAGUGCAUGUAUUUUGCUAAUCACCAAUUCAGGUUACCAGCUAAAAUGCCAUGUAAUGGCUCUAGCUUGUCACCGGUACUCUGCUGAUCUUCUCGCAGAGUAAUAUUAUUUUGGUUCAAUAGCUCAUGAAACUGGACUCAGUUGUGACUGCCAUUACCAAAGCUAGCCACAAUAUUACCAGUAAUACUGCUGAGAAAAAGAAGAUCCCAAAAUAAAAUUUAAAAAAAAAUUGUACAGAGGAUAUCAAUCAGCUUGUAAAACUGACCUCAAAUACCAAACGGGCAUGCAAUUAUAAUACAACUUUUUUUUAAUAGAAAAGCUUUGGAGUUCGUUUUUUGGAAUGACAAUUGCAAUUACAAUCUGAAAUUUGAGAAAAGAAACAGCAGAAUAACAGGAGUUGGCA